GCGGUGGGGCAGCGUGUUCCCGACCUGCCCCGCGCCGGCCGCCAACCGCCGGAUUUGAAUCAAGUCGGCGCCCGGCGGCUGCGGCGGCGGGAUGGGCGCUUCGUCGUUGCCCCCCGCCUGGCAGCUCUACCUCAAGGACCACCGCGUCUCUACGUUCAAGAACUGGCCGUUCCUGGAGGGCUGCGCCUGCACCCCGGAGCGGAUGGCCGAGGCCGGCUUCAUCCACUGCCCCACUGAGAACGAGCCCGACUUGGCCCAGUGCUUCUUCUGCUUCAAGGAGCUGGAAGGCUGGGAGCCGGAUGAUGACCCUAUAGAGGAGCAUAAGAAGCAUUCAUCUGGUUGUGCUUUCCUUUCUGUCAAGAAGCAGUUUGAAGAAUUAACCCUCAGUGAAUUUUUGAAACUGGACAAAGAGAGAGCCAAGAACAAAAUCGCAAAGGAAACCAACAGUAAGCAGAGAGAAUUCGAAGAGACGGCAAAGAGAGUGCGCUGUGCCAUCGAGCAGCUGGCCGCCGCGGAGUGACCCCGCCGCCGUCCCGCCG